AUGCACUUUAAGAGGUGCAGCCGAGUUAAAGAGCCCCCAGACUCAAAAGGCCGCUCUGCACGAAUCCUGAGAGCGGCAUUACUCCUCCUCUUCUUUGCUGCUCCGGUAUAUCCUGCAACAGCAGCAACAGCUGCUGCUCAACCAUCAACAUCAGCACCAUUAGCAUCAUCAACAUUACCAGCAUCAACAACAGCAACAGAAGGAAAGAUGCAGCAUACAGCUCAUGCUUCUCCCGCAGGUUUCCGGCAAGAGCAGCAGAUUUUUUAUGAAGGGGCCUCACACACAGACAAUGCUACAGAGACAUUUCCUUUGAGUGAAGAUCCUCUUGAUAAAGAGGGAGCCUAUAUGAAAACAGCUCUUCCUCUUUCUUUUAAUACUCCGGCACAGCUUCGCCGCUCAGUUUUAUUGUCUUUAUUUGCUGUUUCUUCCCUUGUUUUUCUUCUUUUAAUGUGCGGCUUCCGAAUUAAACAUUCUCGGGUGUCUAGGCACCUCCGCAGACUCGCAGCCCCGGGGGACCCUGAACAGCCCUGGGAUAAAUGCGAGGAAGAUGAACCCCCUCCAGAUGCAGCAGCAGCAGCAGCAGCAGCAGCAGCAGCAGAUUCAGCGCCAGAGGCAGAUGGCAAUGCAGAGCCUGAAGCAGGAUCAGCAGCAGGAAAAGAAAGCGCAGCAGGCGAAGCUAAAGCAAAGACUGAAAAAGCACCUGCACCAGAAGCAACAUCAGCAGGAGAACCGUCAACAGAAGAAACAUCAUCAUCAAUACCAGCAGCAGCUCCAGCAGCAGCAGAGGAAGCAGCAGCAGCAGAGGGAGCAGCAGCAGCAGCUCCAGCAGCAGCAGAGGGAGCAGCAGCAGGAGCAGAAGGAGGAGCCGAAAAGUCAUUAGAAGCAGCAGCAGAAGCAGCACAGCAAAGAGCAAAUUAUCUGUUUGAAGAGAUAUUUGAUUUGUGGGAGCUAGGAAAAAAGAUAACACAGAGUCUACGGGGGCCGGACCGUGCUGCUCUUACAGAGCUGCUGCUGAAGCUUGCUGCAGUUGAACUGACAGUAGCAGGUGCAGCAGCAACAGCAUCACCGCUAGACGUAGCAAUUGCAAUAAGAACAAAAAUCCAGGCGAUAGCUGGGGUGCUUCUACAGCAGGGGGGUAUGGAGCUGAUGCUGGCCAACAGCAGCAGCAGCAGCAGCAGAAGCAGAAGCAGCAAGGCUGAAAGCCCCGGCGAAAGCAUUGGCAAUGAGGUGCUGCUGUAUAUCGGCGGCCUGACUGGUACACCGAUCUCUCCAAGGAGCACAAUAGCAGCAGCUGCUGCUGCGGCUGCAAAUGCUGCUGCUGCGGCUGCAAAUGCUGCUGCUGCGGCUGCAAAUGCUGCUGCUGCAGCUUCAGCAGGACAGCGCUACGAAGAUGCUUAUACAGAAACACAAGCAAAAGAAGAUGCUGAUGCUUCUCCUUUUGAUCAAUAUCAGCAGCAAUCGGAGCUGCUAGAGAAGCAGGAGGAAGUGGUGCUGCAGCCAGGGAUCCUGGGGCAGCCACCGCCAGUGCCGCUGAUGCUGCCGCAAGCCUUGCUGCUGCCGCCUGAAGCGAAGCCCUUCUUGCUGCAGCAUCAGCCGUUUGCAGGGCUUAGGCCGGGUGUUAGCUGGACUCCAGUAUCGAAUUUAUCAAUUUUGGGAUCCCCUCACGAAGCAGCAGCAGCAGCAGCAAAGGGGGGCAGUGCGAUGACAUCGAUGCUGGAGUGGCCCGAGAAAGAAUCAAAACAAAAAAGGAAUGACAGCAGCAGCAGCAGCAGCAGCAGCAGCAGCAGCAGCAGCAGCGGCAGCAGCAGCAGCAGUAGCAGCACGACCAGCAUGGAAGUCUAUGGGACAAUGUUUGAUUCUGCAACUGUCGGUAGAAUGUGCAUUUCAGAAGCAAAAUGGAGUCUGGAGGAGCUUGCUCUGUCUAUACCCCCGGCUUCUUCUCCUUCUUCUGUAUUUUCACUUCAUUUUCCUCGUUCUUCUUCUUCUUCUUCUUCUUCUUCUUCUUCUUCUUCUUCUUCUUCUUCUUUUACUCUUCCUAGUUUUCCUCCUCAAGCAGAUGUAGAUCUGUGCCGUCGUAUAAUAGGCGGAUUGCUCGAUGUGCGCCUAGAGCAGGUGAUGCAGCAGGAUUUGCUUGCUGCUAGUGUUCGGCAUGUUGAAGCAAUAUCAGGCUGUGAUCUGUUUAGCUCUUCUGUUGACAUCCGCCUACCUUGUAAAGCAAAGACUUUCCCCGUGCAUGAGCAGGUGAAAGAUAUCCUUGGCGUACGCCCCACGAUAAAGGACCGCCACAUGAAAGACCAGCAGCAGCACCUGCAGCAGCAGCAGCAGAAGCUUUUGGAGUUGCUGGAGCGGUAUGAAAAGGGCCUCCUCACUGAUGCAGAGGAGAGAGAAGCAGCAGCACUAUCAGAUGCUGCUGCUGCAGCAUCUUCUGCUGUUGCUGCUGUUCUUUCUUCAGAAAGCGGCAGUACAGCAGCAGAAGAAGUAGAUGAUGAUUUUGAAGAUGAUUCUGUCUUUUACCCACCAUCUCCAACUGAUACGUUUUCUUCUAGCUCUUCACCCCUUUAUAUGUCUUAUAGCUUCCCUUCUUCUUCUUCUCCUCCUCCUCCUUCUGCUCCUCACGCGUCGUCUUCUUCUUCUUCGUCUUUUCCUUCUUUUUCUCUCGACGCUUCUUCUUCUUCUUCUUCUUCUUCUCCCCCUUCUUCUUUUCCUUUUCCGUCUUUCUCUCUUCCUUCUUUUACUUUUCCCUCUUUCUCUCUCUUUUCUCCUUCUUCUUCUUCUUCUCCUUCUUUCCCGUCUUUUUCUAUCCCUUCAUCUUCUUCUUCUUCUUCUUCUUCUGCUUAUUUUGCUCCUCCUCCUGCUCCUCCUCCUUCGACUUCUUCAUCUUUUGUUGCUCCUUCUUCUUCUUCUUCAUCUUCUUUUCCGUCUUUCUCUCUCCAUUCUUCUUCUUCUUCUUUUCCGUCUUUUUCUCUCCGCCCUUCUUCUUCUUCUACUUCUUCUUUUUCUCCUCCUCCUCCUCCUCCUCCUUCUACUUUUCCCUCUUCUUCUUCUUCAUCUUCUUUUCCGUCUUUCUCUCUCCAUUCUUCUUCUUCCUCGUUUCCGUCUUUCUCUCGCCAUUCUCCUUCUUUCGCUCUCUCUUCUUCUUCCUCUUCCUCUGUUUCUCCUUCUUAUUAUUAUGAUUCUUCUUCUUCUACUUCUUCUACUUCUUCAGCAAGAGAUGCAGAUGUAGAAGAUAAUGAUGCUAAUUUUGAGGAUGACUACGAUUAUAAUAUUGAUGAUGAUGUGUUUUUUCCUGAGACAACUGUACUUCCUUCUGUAUCUACAUCCUAUAGUGCACAUGCUGCAGCUGCUCUUCGUGCUGCUGGUGCUGCUGCUGCUGCUGCUGCCGCUUCCUUUGCUACUGCUGCUGCUGCUGCUGCUGCUGGUGCUGCUGCUGCUGGUGCUCCUGCUGCUUCUAGUACUUCUUCAUUAUCGUCUUUCCUCCCUGAAGGUUUCUCUGGUGUUGCAUCUCCGUUUGACUUAGAUUUGCUCUACUUUUCUUCUUCUUCUUCUUCUUCUUCUUUUUCUUUCCCUAACCCUACUCACUUUGCAUACCCCCCCUCGCCUUCGUUUGUUUUUCCUCCAGCUUCUUCGUUUUCGAUGCCAGUCCCUCAGUCUCCUCCUGCAUUUACUUCUUCUGCAUCUUCACUUCUUUCUGCUGCUUCUUCAUAUGCUACUGCUGCUUCUUCAUUUGCUUCUGCUGCUUCAGCAUAUGCUUCUGCUGCUUCUUCCUUCACUCCUUCUGACUCUGCAUUUCCUUUUUCUGCUCCUGCUACUCCUUCUGCUGCUGCAGCUCCUGGUCCUGAUGCUGCUGUUUCUGCUGCUUCUGCUGCUGGAGAAGCAGCAGCAGGUGAGGAAACAAAACGCUCUCAGCUUUUGUCUUCUCCAAAGAAAACACCUAGACGAAUUCCCUAUCCGUUCAUUGUUACACGUGAUCCUCAAACUGAAGAAGGAGGAAAAGAAAAACCGAGUAAAAAACAAAAAACAAAGCAUGCUGCAGCAACCGCACCGAAGAAUGGUGCAGUAGCAGCAGCAAAUGCUGCAAAUGCAGCAGCAAAUGCUGCAAAUGCAGCAGCAAAUGCUGCAAGUGCAGCAGAAAUAGUUACAACACUAGCAAAUAUAGGAAUAUGGAUGCAGCAACAGCGCCUGCAGCAGCAACUGCAGCAGCAGCAGCAGCAGCAGCAGCAGGAGAUAUAA